AUGGCUUGCACGCGCGCCGCUCGCUCGGGCGCCGUGGUUGUGCAGGCCAACCUGUUUUCGCGCCUGGUGCGCAUCAUCAAGGCCAACCUUGACAACUUCACCUCGAGCUUCGAGGACCCCGAGGUGAUGCUGGACCGCGUCAUUGACGAGAUGAACGAGGACCUCGUGCGCAUGCGCCAGGCCACAGCCAAGGUCAUGGCCAGCGAGCGCCAGAUGACGGCCAAGUACAGCCAGGCGCAGGCCACCGCCGACGACUGGCUGCGCCGCGCUGAGCUGGCAGUGCGCAAGGGGCAGGACGAUCUCGCCCGGGAGGCCCUGGCGCGCCGCAAGUCGGCCGACUCGGCGGCCACGGCGCUCAAGGGGCAGCUGGACGCGCAGCGCCGCGCGCUGGAGCAGCUCACGGCCAACGUGCGCAUGCUGGAGGGCAAGGUCACGGAGGCGCGCAACAAGCGCGAGACGCUCAAGUCGCGCGCGGCGGCCGCCAAGAGCAGCAAGGCCGUGCAGGAGAUGGUGGCUGGCCUGCGGCUCAACAGCACCACCGCGUUUGCCGCUUUUGACAAGAUGGAGGAGCGCGUCGUGGCCAUGGAGGCAGAGGCCGAGUCUGUGGGCAUCCUGGCGACCCCAGACAGCCUGGAGUCCAAGUUUGCGGCGCUGGAGGGCAGCGGCGGCGUGGAGGACGAGCUCUCCGCCCUCAAGCGCGGCCUGCUGACGCCCGCGGCCGAGUCGCGCCGCGGCGACACCGCGGUCGCGCAGCGGCCCCUCAUGAACGACGUGCUGCAGCGCCGCGCCCCAGAGGCGCUGGAGAUUGAUGCUGAGCUGGAGGCGCUGCGCAAGAAGGCCCGCAUGUGA